ACUAGCCUUAAGGGGAACUUAAGCAGAUCUGGUUUUCCUGUGUUUAUUCACACGUUACAUGCGGCUGUUGAAAGACUGAAGUUUCCUGUGAUGUCAUAAGGCACAAACAAACAUCUGUUUUGGCUCCUCUCCGUGUGUCAGGUGAAUCAGGAUGGCUCAGGGCAUACCAGACGAGGUGUUGAUGAACAGUGCGCUGAUGAAGGAGCUGGCAGAGGCGGCGAAGGACGCAGCAGCUCUGCACGGAGUCCUCAUGAGGAUCCAGGAGACUCCUAACUCAACAGAGUUGGUGACCUACGCACCGUUCACACUCUUCCCCACACCUGUGCCCAAAGCUGUGUUCCUCCAGGCCCUGGCAGUGCAAACUCACUACAACACGCUGGUGGAUAAAAUCAGCCAGGAUCCAGAGUUUCUGCAAGAGGCACUAGCUAGCACCAUCGAAGUGGAUGAUUUCACUGCGAGAUUGUUCAAGAUCCACCAACAAAUCCUAAAAGAAGGAAGGUCUCAGUCUAUUGUGCUGGGUCUCAAUCGAUCCGACUACAUGUUGGACCAGAAAGACGAUGGAUCGUCGUCUCUGAAGCAGAUAGAAAUCAACACCUUUGCUGCCAGUUUUGGAGGUCUGUCAUCACGCACACCAGAUGUACACCGACGCAUUCUUCAGAUGGCUGGACGGCUGGAGGAGAGCCAGCGCAUCCUCGACAACAACCCUGCAGCUGGUCUGGCCAGGGCUGUUGCCAAAGCCUGGGAGCUCUAUGGAUCAGAGAGAGCGAUCGUUAUGUUCUUGGUGGAAGAGAAUCAAAGGAACAUCUUUGAUCAGCGAUACAUUGAGAGCGAAUUGUGGAAGAGAAACAUCACCACGAAAAGAAAGAGGUUCGACGAUGUCUGUAAGACGGGGUAUCUGGAUCAGGACAAGAGACUGUUUGUUGAUGGCCAAGAGGUUGCUGUGGUGUACUUCAGGAAUGGCUACAUGCCUCAGAACUAUCUUUCUGAACAGACUUGGGAUGCUCGUCUUCUGAUGGAGCGCUCUCUGGCUGUGAAAUGUCCAGAUAUCAGCACUCACCUGGCUGGAACCAAGAAGGUCCAGCAGGUGCUCGCCAGGCCUGGAGUUUUGGAGAGGUUCUUCCCCAACCAGCCCCAAGUAGUGGAGCAGAUCAAAGCAACGUUUGCUGGGCUCUACACUCUAGACAUGGGACCAGAUGGUGACAAAACAGUUGAAAUGGCUUUAGCAGACCCAGACCGGUAUGUCCUGAAGCCCCAGCGAGAGGGAGGAGGUAACAACAUCUAUGGAUCAGAGAUCUGUCAGGUCCUGCAGAGAGUGAAGGGGACUGCAGAGCGGACGGCUUAUAUUCUGAUGGAUAAAAUCCAUCCUGCUCCUGUAAAGAACUACCUGCUGAGGCGAGACGCUCCUCUCCAAAUCAGAAACUGUCUCAGUGAACUGGGAGUGUUUGGGACGUAUGUCAGACAAGGUGAAGACAUGGUGAUGAACGAGUGUGUGGGUCACCUGCUGAGAACCAAGAAUUCAGAAGACUCAGACGGAGGCGUAGCAGCAGGAGUGGCCGUGCUGGACAAUCCCCUCCUGUACUGAGAAUUUACACUCCGCCGUGCCAGGCGUCCUACAGGACAAUUUACAAACGGACAACAGUGAAAUGGAGGUUGCACUUUUUUCGUCACUUCAGCUUGAAAACGAUGCUGAGUAAAUGUGUAUGUGCCACAAAUAACUGACAGGAUUGUUGAUGAGGACCAUGUUUGCUCUCAGUUUUUGAUAUGGUAAUGAUUCUGUUCAUCAUGUACUGUUCUUAAAUACACACUCAACAACUUAAACAAGUUUAACCAAGUAAGUGAUUAAAACACAUCUACUCAACAUGAUACGCUCAGUUUGGAUACAGUAGUUCUUUAUUGCUUGUUGUAAUCACUUUUCUUUCCUGGAACAUUUUUGAUGUGAUACAGUGUUUGUUUUGAGUCUGCAUUGACGGCAGCCCAACGUUGGAAACAUAGAGCUGAUCCUCUAUCUUGUGGCUGGCUCAUGUUAUUACAACAUGUUAGGUUGGGUCACUCAGAUUCACUGACUGAGACCACUGUAGCAUUCAAACAUUCCCCAACACACAACUGUAAUGUAAAGGUUGUGACUGGAUGUAUUGAGUAUGUAUCAAACAUUAUGAAGGGUAAAGACCAGGUUGAACUGGAAUAAUCUCUUGACUGCUUUAGUUAGUUUAAUUUCAAUCGGGUGUCCUUAGACAGCUCUUUGUGCUGUUCACCACAUUUUAUCACUUGAACUGUGCGGAGUGCUGAUCUUUCAUAAUUGUGACAAGCAACUAACAACAUUACACAUUUAAAAACAAGUCAAAUAUAAAGUUAAAUGUUAUGUAAAAAAGAAAAAUACAAUUGUUUAUUUUUAUAUUAACAUUCUUGCAAGAAAUACAGCUCCAAAUGUUUCAAGUUAAUAGAAAAUACUUACAUAUCAUGUCGUGAUAGCCGUUUUAAGAUUUUAACAUUUUUGUCUAUAAUGGUUGAAAUCAAUUUUUUUAAAAUGUGAACAGCAAACCCACUGGAAUUGAUUAGAACACUGGUUAAAGCUCUUCUACCAUAGUAACACUGGUGAGUACCGCUGGUGAUUGGCAAACCUUGUGGUGGCACUUGGAGGAAUCCUUUUUGAAAUAUGAAAUAAAUGAAUUUCAAGACAAACAAUAC